CCUUCUCCACCCACGACACUCACCAUGAAGCCCGCACCUGUUGAAUCUUCUGAGAAAAAGGGCCACAUCUGCCCACCUUCAAACGCGAAGCAUCCUUCGGACCGCUGGGAGUCUCUCUUUGUAUAUGGCUUCAUAUGUCGCUUCACGAACAUGCGAGGGAAGGUCGAAGGACUGAAUUCACCCAUGGAUUUCGAGGAGGCGCUGUUGUCGCCGGAGCCCAACCCGAUCAUGACACAGAUACUCUCGCGAUUUGUGCUCAACCUGCGCCCGGGGACGCGUAAUCUCAGCUCGGAUGUUAUAUCGACAACUGUGGCGGCUCUGCUGCAGGAGUACUUCAAGACCCCGGAGCACACUGUUUUCUGGGACGACGCGCUAAAGAUCAACGUGGACCCGUUCCCGAGCAUGACCGAAGGGUUCUUCGCUGCGGACUGGGACUUGAAGCUCAAAAUACUGCGCCAAAUGGUGGAGCUGCAGCUCUGCUAUAGCCUGGAGAUCAAGGCAGUGAUCGACCGUGCGUGGGGCGUCAUUCACAACAAGCACAAGAAGAUCGAGGCGUCCGCCCUACCACCACCUCCCGGCGACCCGCAGAGCCAAGAACGACUACAAUUGAUCCCUCUCGGCCAGGACAAGGACCGAAAACGCUACUGGGUCAUUGACGAUUCACCCAGGGUCUACAUGUCAACGAACCCUUGGAAAAUCACAGCCACGUUCCAGACCAUAGCCUCGACGCGUGAGGAAUUCAUGACGAUACUAGAGAGGGUGAAGGCGGGCGCACCUUCCGAACCCAAAGCCGGAGAGCGCAAGUCGAAGCUUGAGACCGCCCAUCUCGCAUUGCUCAAGGCUCUGCAGGACAGAGUCGAAAUUAUUGACAACGAACUAGCGAGAAUCCAAAAGGCUCAGCGGAAGAUCCAGCAGCGGAACAUGCUUAUCGCGUCUGCGGAGUUGAGGGAAACUCGCACCCGUCGGCGGACAACACGCCCGGACUACGCUUACAUGAACAACCCUCCGAGUGAUGAAGAGGGAGACGAAUACGCAUACCAAUCACAACCAGAAGACGACGAUUAUGACGAUGACCACAUGGACCUUGACGAGGCGGAGAACACCAGCUCCCGCCGGGGUGCUACUGCGGGAGGCUCUCGUCGGUCUACCCGAACCUCCGCCGCGAACGGCAGCGCGAAGGGGGCUCAAGAUCCAUGGGGUGACUGGCGAGGAGAGCGGCGCUCAACGCGGCUGGGCGCCCCAGUGGAUGUACUGCUGGACGGACCUCCACCACCACCAAAGCGGGCCAAAACAGAUGACAGCGCUGUCAGCGGAAACUCCGGUGAUACGUCUGGGCAGCCAGAGAAGGCAGGUAGCGGCCUAAAGAUCAAGAUCAACGGCGCCGCUGCGAUGAAGCCCACGGAGAUGGCUGUAGAAGCUGUAGCGGGCAAGAAGAAGAGCAAGUUCUGGUACUACGCUGUCGAGCCCAUCCCAGGACCUAUCGCCGCACCCAACGGUAUCCCUCCCGCUUCCGACGCUGUCCAGCUGCCGUCACUAGACAAGCACCAACGCGAUGAAUUGUCGGAUGAGAUGCAUGGGAACGGCGGCCGCUACCCAUCGACGACACCUUCCGCAUCCGCAUCUGCCAGCGCUUCCAAUGCCGAUGAGCUCUACGAGAAGAGCAUCGGAGGCAGCUUGUCGCCAACAUCGAGCAUGGACGAGUCAUGAGUCCUGCCUCACUGCGUCCCCUCUUGUUUACUCCAUCUUGCUCCUGCUAUCCUGCCAACGCACGCCAUCCUCUACACUCGCAUCCUCGCAGCCUCGCACCCAUUUCUAUACACAUAUACAGCUCUCUGAACCGCUACCGCUCACCCGGGUACUUAUGGUCAUGUAAUCGCAAGC